UUGUAUGAUUAUCCAUGUUUUCAGUUGACCACAGCAGUUUGUAGUUUACAAGAUUUGAAAAUGAGAAUCUUUUGUUUGUGAAAUUGCAGUUUACUGGCUCCGCAGUUCAUGCUGGUGUUUUGUUUCCCCCUUUCUAGUGUGAUUAAACUUUGAAAUUUGAAAAAUCUCUAUUUUCUUGGUGUUUCUGUUUGUUUUGAAAGUUUAGUAGCACUUGAUGAUUGACCUAGAACUUUCUUAAAGGAUGCUUUUUUUUUUUUGUUCAGGACUUUUGUUUUUGCCCUUCUUUGCCAAAGCUUUUUGUUGUGGAAUAAUGGCUGUUGAGGGUUCUGGUGAUCCAAAUCUGUUAAGACACUCUGAUUUUAGAGAUGAUGGGAGAGUGGCUUUGAAGCAGCACAAUGCAUAUGAGAAGAGUCAACUGCAUUAUGAAGGAUAUGAUGAUGAUGAUGAUCUCCCUUUGUCAGUGAGGGUAUCCCGGCUUUCUAAUUUGGGAACACCUAGCAGUAAUUUUGAUGCAGGCUCUGUUAAGAAGAGGCGUACUAAGAGACCAUUCUUGUGCACUUUGGUUAAUAAAUCAAAAUCAAAUUUUUCAUCAUAUGAUGAUGAGGAUGAUGUUCCCCUUUCGCAAAGAAUUAAGAGGUCGGCCGCGUCUCCUCCUAAAUCAGCUCCCGAUAUCUCGAAAUUCACUUCGACUUUGGAAGGCCAAAAGGAGAAACAAGUGGAAGAGCAGGAACAAAAGAAGAGAGACAUUCAGGAGUUUGCCAAAGAGCUUGAAAAUAAGAAGAAUCAUGUUGCUUGUGUUCGAAGAAUUAACCGAACUAAUGAGAAAAUACAAAGGAAAAUUGAAGAAUGUUACAAGGAUUUGGUAACAAAGGAAGCACAGCUCAGUUUGAUGAAUGGCAUGGUUAGAGAGCGUGACCUGGAGCUCAAGAUAGAAGAGAUAGAACUCCAUCAAGUCAUGGAUAAAAUUGAUGAAGACCGUGAAAGGAAGAAAGAGGAACUCAAGGCUCUUUUCCAAGAAAAAAUUGAAUGUACGAAGAAACUUGGCUGUAUUCGAAGAAAUAACCAGGAUCACAAGAAAAUGCUGAGUAAAAUUGAAGAAUGUGUCAAGGAUCUUGUAGUAACCCUGUUUGGUUUGAUGGAGGAUAUGUUUACAGAGCACAGGCUAGGGCUUGAGUCAAAAGAGGUAGAACUUCAUCAGGUCAAGGGAGACAUUUAUAAAGACCAUGAUGAAAGGAAGAUAGAGGAAGCCAAGGCUCUUCAUCUAAAAGUUAAAACACAAGAGAAAGAGCUUGAUUCAAUUAAAAAGUUAAUUGAUCAACAAGCAAAAGAACUAGAUUCUGAAAGGAAGAAGUUACAUAAGGUAAUGCCAACAAAGGCUGACCAACACGCUCAGAUCAAAGACUUUGACUUAACAAAGAAGCAAUUUGAAGAACAAAUUAAUGAGCAUGAGUCAAAAGAGAAGCAUUAUGAAAGGCGAGUGAAGGAGCUCAAGUCCAAGGAGAAGCAUGUUGAAGAACGAGUGAAGAAACUCAAGUCAAAAGAGAAGCACCUUGAAGGUGGAGUGAUGGAGUUUGAAUUAAAAGAGAAGGAAUUUGAAAGACAAGUAAAGGAGAUUGAAUUAAAAAAGAAGCAUUUUGAAAGCCAAGUAAAGGAGCUUGAGUCAAAAGAGAAGCAAUUUGAAGGGCGAGUGAAGGAGUUAGAAUCAAAAGAGGAAGAAUUUGAAGGUCAUUUGAAGGAGUACGAAUUAAGAAAGGAGCAUUUUGAAAGUCAUGCGAAGGAGCUCAAGUCAAAAGAGGAUCAACUCAAAGGCCGAGUGAAGGAAUUCGAAUCAAAAGAGAAGGAAUUUGAAUCAAAAGAGGAGGAAUUUGAAGUCCAAAUGAAGGAACUCAAAUUAAAAAAGGGGCAUUUUGAAAGCCAGGUAAUGGAGCUCAAGUCCAAAGAGAAUGAACUCAAAGGUCAUGUGAGGGAAUUUGAAUCAAAAGAGGAAGAAUUUGCAAGACAAGUAAAGGAGAUUGAAUUAAAAAAGAAGCAUUUUGAAAGCCAAGUGAAGGAGCUUGAGUCAACGGAGAAACAAUAUGAAGUGUGGGUGAAGGAGUUAGAAUCAAAAGAGGAAGAAUUUGAAGGCCUAUUGAAGGAGUGUGAAUUAAAACAGAAGCACUUUGAAAGCCGGGUGAAGGAGCUCGAGUCAAAAGAGAAUCAACUCGAAGGCCGAGUAAAGGAAUUUGAAUCAAAAGAGGAGGAAUUUGAAAACCAAAUGAAGGAACUCCAAUUAAAAAAGGAGCAUUUUGAAAGCCAGGUAAAUGAGCUCAAGUCCAAAGAGAAGCAACUCAAAGGUCGUCUGAGGGAAUUUGAAUAUAAAGAGGAGGAAUUUGAAGACCAAAUUAAGGAGUUUGAGUCAAAAGAGGAGGAAUUUGUAAAACAAGUGAAGGAUCUUGAAUUAAAAAAGGAGGAAUUCGAAGGCCAAGUGAAGGAGCUUGAGUCAAAAGAGAAGCAAUUUGAAGGAAGAGGGAAGGAGCUUGAAUCUAAAGAUAUUAAGUUUGAAGUACAAGCGAAAGAGCUCAUGUCAAAAGAGAAGCAAGGACAAUUUAAGGAACUUGAGUUUAAAGAGAAACAGUUUGAAGCGCAAUUGAUGGAGCUCAAGUUAAAAGAAAAGCGGUUUAAAGCACAAGUGAAGGACCUGGAGUCAAAGCGGGAUGAGUUUGAUGAACAACUGAAGGAGCUUGACUUAAUACAGAAGCAAUAUGAAGCAUUAAUAAAAUCAUUCGAAGAGGAAAAAGAAUUGGAUAAUCAAUUAAGUCCCACCAUGUCAGAAGAUGAAUCUGAAUCGCUUGACAAUGAGAUUCUAAUCGAUCUCAAAGCAACAUCGGAUCCAUCAAAAGUUGUUUUGGAUAUAAUACAGAAGCCCAUUAUUCCACACUUUAAGGACGGAGAUGAUGCCGUAAUUAUGGAUAGCCGCCACGUCUUUCUGCUGAAACAACUUUUGAGAAUCUCACCGCAUAUUAAACCUUAUGUAAGAGAAGAAGCAAUGAAGCUAGCACUUGAUUUGAAAGCUAACAUGAGACCAAGUACUAAAAAUUCUUUGGAGGUUCUGGGCUUUCUACUCCUUCUGUCAAUUUACGGAUUGGUUCCUUCCUUUGAUGAAAACGAAGUUUUAAAGCUUUUUGAAUUUGCUGCUCAACAUAAGCAAGCUGUAGAGCUGUUUCAGACCCUGGGUUUUGCAGAUAAAAUUUCUGAUUUUGUUCGGAAUCUUAUCAACAAACAGCAGUAUAUUGAAGCUGUUAGAUUCAUUUGUGCAUAUAAGCUGGUGGACAAUAACCAGCCAGUUGAUCUAUUGCGAGAAUACGUGCAGAAUGCAAAACUGAUUUCUGAGAUCAGUUGCAAGAACACCAACUCCCUUGAAAUCAAGGAUAAGGUCAGAGAUCAAGAAAUGGCAACUUUGACAAAUGUUCUAGAGUGCAUUUCAGACAACAACCUAGAAUCUGGGGAUCUAAUUAAUGAGAUUGAAGAUCGCAUUCUUGAGCUAAGUAAGCAGAAGGUAAGUAGCGUUUGUACUCGCACCAGGUCCAUCAUCCAAAAGUGCAACAACCUGAAGGAAAGAAAUGUGGUAACCAAAACCUGCUGAUGUACACUACUUGGCGUACAUAUUAGUAAACCUGUAGACUAACACGGUUGUCUUUUCCUUACUUUAUUUAAAUUUUUUGUUUUUGGAGGAAGGUCUGGAUUGGUUUAUUGGUAGGGAUAAUUCCUUGGGUGAUUGCACACUUGCUGGUUAAUUUCAUAGUUAGGUGUUAGUGUGUGGGGCAAUUGUAUUUUAUUAGUUAGUGAGGUGGAGGCUCUCUUUUACUGGGUUACACGGUCCAAUUCAUCUGUUAUCUUAAUUGUGAAUUGGUUUUUGGAGUAGGAAGUGGGGUAGUAUUAACAGUGAUGUUUGUGCCAAAGUUGGUUAGUUUCUGUUUGUU